GCACAGGGCCCGAACCGGAGCGGGGCACCCAGCUGCCUCUGAGAAAGGCAGAGGCCCCCGCCAGGCCUUCCCCGCAGGCCCUCAGGACGAGGAACAGUCCAGGAGGCCGUGGAGGAGGUGACCAGGCACGUGCACUCCCUGCGCGGGAAGAAGGACGGGCUGGUGCCCAUGUUCGUCAACACCAACAGCGGGCUCUUCACCCACCUGGGCGUGUUCACCCUGGGCGCCAGGGCCGACAGCUACUAUGAGUACCUGCUGAAGCAGUGGAUCCAGGGUGGGAAGAAGGAGACACAGCUGCUGGAAGACUACCUCGAAGCCGUGGAGGGAAUCAAAAAGCACCUGCUGCACAGAUCUGAACCCGGCAAGCUGACCUUCGUGGGGGAACUCGCGCACGGCUGCUUCAGCGCCAAGAUGGACCACCUGGUGUGCUUCCUGCCAGGGACGCUAGCUCUGGGCGCCCACCACGGCCUGCCUGCCGACCACAUGGAGCUGGCCCGGGCGCUCAUGGACACCUGCUACCAGAUGAACCGUCAGAUGGAGACGGGGCUGAGCCCCGAAAUCGUGCACUUCAACCUGCACCCCCAGAAGUCCCGUAAGGACGUGCAGGUCAAGGCGGCCGACAGACACAACCUGCUGCGACCUGAGACAGUGGAGAGCUUGUUCUACCUGUACCGCCUCACGGACGACCGCAAGUACCAGGACUGGGGCUGGGAGCUCCUGCGAAGCUUCAACACGUACACGAGGGUCCCCUCCGGCGGCUAUUCUUCCAUCAGCAACGUCCAGGACCCCCGCAAUCCCCAGCCCAGGGACAAGAUGGAGAGCUUCUUUCUGAGGGAGACGCUCAAGUACCUGUAUCUGCUCUUCUCCGACGACCCAGACCUGCUCAGCCUGGGAACACAAAUUAAAAUGUCAAUCCUCAAAUUCAUAUGGAAUUGCAAGGGGGUCCCUGAAUAGCCAAAAUAAUCUUGGAAAAGAACAACGUUAGAUGACGCACAUUUCCCAAUUUCAAAACUUCCUACGCACAGUGUUCAAAACAGUGUGGUGUUGUCAUAAGGAUAGACAUAUAGACCAAUGGAACACAAGUAAGGCUCUAGAAAUAAACUCAUAUAUCUAUGGCCAAUUGAUUUUUGCAAGGGUAGUAAGUCUAUUUAAUGGGGGAAAUGAUUUGCCUUCAGCAAACGAUUCUGAGAAAAUUAGAUUUCCACAUGAAGUUGGACCCCUACCUCACACCAUAUACAAAAAGUUAACUCAAAAUGAAUCAAUGACCUAAAUAUAAGAGCUAAAACCACAAAACCCCUAUUAAAAAACAUACAGGUUAAUCUUCAUAACCUUGGGUUUGACAAUGGAUUCUUAGAUAAAACUCCAAAAGCACAAGCAGCAAAAGACACAUGUUGGACAUCAUCAAAGUAAAAAUUUUUGUGCACCAAAGGACACUAUCAAGAGUACAAAGGCAACCCACAGAAUGGGAGAAAAUAUUUUCAAACUACAAAUCUGA